CCGCCGUCAUGCCCGCCGCGACAGACGCUUUGCUCGGGGCGCCCCCGCACCGGCUGCAGACCGGUCUCGAGCUUCCCCACUUCGUCAGCCCAUGGCACGCCCAUCUGGUCACCCAGAACCCGUAUCCACCACCGCCACCUCCCCCGCCUGUCGCCCACAAGGUGUGGCUCAUCGAUUGCAGGACCUGCGGGACGUUCCUUACCAAUCGCGGCAUGAAGGCGGUCCUACUCCUCCGACCGAACGUAUCGCUAUACUCCUCCGACGCCCUUCCUGUCAACUGCUCUGCGACCUCCACGCCUAGCACUACCCGUCCCCCAACAAAUACACGCGCUCAGCAGCAGCGGACAUGCGAGUGUCUUACCCAGAGCCUCUGCUGUCACGGCUGCGGCAAUACGGUCGGCUACAUGAUCGUCAUUCCCUGUAGCCGGUGUACAUCCUCUAUUACCGCCAAUAACCGCGCGACAAACGGCCAUCGUUUUGUGUUCCACUCGAUGGAAGUUGUCGGCUCGGAGCGUCACUACGUCCAAGGCGAACCCGGCGUCGUUCCAUACGAUCCGAUCCCCGUCCAUCUUACGAUGCCCGUUCAUCCCUUCAUACCUCAGCCAGUCAGCGUUGCCAUCGCCCAACGUAACCAAAUGCCCGGCAACCAUCCGUUCCCACCGCGUCCCUACGUGAUCCCUGCCGAAUCAUUACCUACGCCGCCGCUCGAGACAGAGGACGAUUUCUCGCCGCCAUCGUCAGCCUCACAGUCCCCGGUACACCACUCUCCAACCGAGCCGUUGCACGAUUCUUCAAGUCUACGCUCUCCGCCACCACCUGCUCCGGACACGCCGCCGCCGCUUGUCGACGCAUAUACCCUAGAACCCUUCGUCGAACAUAAGGAGCUGCCACCUCGUCGUCAGCUGAAGCCAGGUGACAUCGUCCACUGGCAUCACCUCGCGCGACACGGUGAAAUCCCGGCGGUCAUGGACGAUGAGCGAGCGCGUCGCUCAGACUCUGCUUCGGACGCCGAGGACCAGGUGUUCGGAAUGGUUGUCUGCGGACGCUGAGACUUACCACACGCCUUCCCUACCACACGACACGACCUCAUAUGACCUCUACGCUAUUUCUCGAUCCCUGCUGCCCGCGUCAUCGCUUGUCUUCCACCAUUGUCACGAACCCCUCUUUUACUGUGUUCAUUCCAUGGCUCACACAUGCAUCAAUUUAUUGGUAUUGCUAUCUCAGGGCCUUGCUAGCAUUGUACAUAUAUUACUACCCCCCACUGUCUUCUCCAUCGCCGUCUCUGUUGUCCUCUUGUCUUCUUCACGGCUGCCACUCCAAUGCUCGCCUCUGAUUCUGGGCAUCGGCCAUGGAAUAUGUGCACCACAACAUAUUGUUAUAUAAUGCAUUCUACGGUUGAUACCCACCACCCGCCCAUACUUCCGACGAUCGUACACACGUUCAGAUAUGGCACAUACCCCCAUUGUAUCCUUCUACAUCACUGGCAAUUGUACGCGUCUUCUGCCCAGAAAUCAG